AAUAAUAAAAAUAAUAUCGUAAACGUUUUAAUUUCGGAGCAAGGAAAGAUUUUAAAAAUAGAACGACAAUAAGAAAAAAAAAGAAAUCGCGCGCGUGUGUAUGUGUAUAUACAUAUAUAUAUAUAUGUAUAUAUAUAUAUGUAUAUAUAUACGAUUAUUAAAAAGAAACAAAUAGAAAUGUACAAAGAAUGAAAGAAGAAAAAACUAAAAAAAAGAAAGAUAAAAUGUAGGAUUUAUAUUACUAAUACGAAAUAUGUUAUAAACGAUUAAUCGUCGGUAAAUUAACUACAAUGAAAUAAUAAGAAAUAAAAAAUGAUGUAGUAAAUUGUACGUAUUAAUAUGAGAAAGAAAACACGAUAAGAUAAGUAAAUAUAUUUAAAGGUUUAAUAAAAUCAAAGUACAAAAAUGUAUUAAAAAUUAUUAAAAAGACUUAAAAUAUAUAUGUACGCAAUUUUCUCAAUCAAUGAAUGAUCAUUAACAUCGAUUAUACAGAAUAUAUAUUUACCCUUUCGUGAGCAACAGUAUCACUUAAUCGUAACGCAGAAGGGUGUCUAACAGCUACUGAUUUUGGAAUAGGUGGUGCAAGUUAUUUAAGGAAAAUUUAUAUAUGUAUCUACCUAGUUACACGUCCACAUUUGGGGACGUGUGGAAUGUGACGCGUUGUUGACUGUUUCUAAGGCAACGAGCCACCUGUAAAGGUGUCGAUAAUCACACGUACCAGUAGUUUCAACCCACAGGUGCAUUAUGGAGUUCUUGUUACUUGUACAAGAUGGUUUUUAAUAAACUCGUUUGCUGUAUUUUAGUGACUAACUUAUGAUAUAUAUAUAUAUAUAUAUAUAUAUAUAUAUAUAUAUAUAUAUAUAUAUCUGUUUAAUAGAAAAUUAAAUAUCGUGUAUUUAUAUACAUAUCUACAUGUAUGUAUUUAACAUUAAGAAAAAAACAUUGUGUAAAAAAAUAUUAUUACUAAAGUACAAGAAAGUGUGAUAAAAAGAAAAAAAAAGAAAAUGAGUGAGACAGACAACGAGUAUAAUACAUCGGUAUUUAAUUCUGUGGAGUUACAAGUAAACGAUAUAUUAAAUCCUACGUUACACGAACACAGUCUUUUGCAAAGUUACGUAAGUAUUGGCAUCGAUGAUAUAGACACGAAACAAUCCAAUGAAGAAUCUAAGAAUGUAAAUAAGAAAACACAUACGAGGCACUGCCUUGGAAAAAAUGAAGGAAAUGAUGAUUUUGAUAAUGGAGAUGCAGCUAAUGGCGAUUCUAAUAAAAUAAAAAAAACUAAUAAACGAGUUAAAAGAAAAACCGAUACGUCAUUCAUAGAAGUUCAAGUGCAGAUGCAAAAAUCUCGAAUAAAGCAAAGAAAUAAUGUUGCUCAACGUCAGGAAGAGAUUUAUACGGAUAAAGAUCGUGCUGCUGCCGUUAAUAUGGGCAGCAAGGAUAUUAAACAAUCCUUAAAGCAAAAAAAGCGGCUAGACCGCAUUAAGAGUCCAUUACUUUCAGAUAUGGCUGAGCCGGGCUCUAUUCUAGAAUUAGGAAAACGAGAAAUGCGACUUGGCAAUGUCAAUGUAGCAUUUAAUUUUAUAAAUAAGGCAUUGGAAUUGAGUCCUAAUGAUACUAACGCAUUGAUAGCACGAAGCAGAUGUUAUCUUCUAUUGGGCAAUCCACAAAACGCAUUGCAGGAUGCUGAAACUGCGUUGCAAUGUAAAUUAAAAGAUUCGGUAAACGCUCGUGCAGUCUAUUAUAAAGCGGAAGCUUUAUAUUAUCUUGGUGAUUUUGAGAUGAGUCUGGUAUAUUAUUACCGCGGAAUGAGAAUGCGACCGGAGUUUGGACAAUUUCGCUUAGGAGUACAGAAAGCGAAAGAUGCGAUACGAAAUAUAUUAAAUAAUGGUUAACAGAAAUCAUUGUAAUAUUUCAUUUUAAUAUAUCUAAGUUAUUACAUCUAUACCUUAUAUAAUUUAGCAUUUAAUUACAUCUUAUUCGAAAUAUUUUUCAUAGUACUAUACGUUCGACGAUUCAUUUGAUUAAACUAUUUUAAUAACAGCAUACCUAUGUAAAAAUAGUCUCUGAUAAAUAACAUUUGUAUGUGCAUGAGAGAAGAACCCCUAUACAUAGAUAACCAUAUGUACAUAAAUGUACACUCUAUCGAUGAUUGAAAUUCAAAGCACUAUCUAUAAUAUUAAAAUUAACUUUAAAUGUAUGCCCCUGGUAGUAUGCUAUGUUCUUUUUUAGAUGUAAGACAUGCAACUCAAUUUAAAUAACUGUAUACAUAUCAGUAAGAAUAAAACUAAGAAAUUAAAAUUUAAAAAUUUUAAAUAAACAAAGUUAUAAUAAAACAUUUCUCUAAAUGUUAAGAAUAUUAUGUACUUGUAUUAAUAUAUCUAUAUUGAAUUAUUAAAAUGUAUAUUCAUGAAUUAGAAUGUGAUUUAAAAUGUAUAAAAUGUGCAAUGAAAGGUA